AUGAAACAUGGAGUCGCGUUCAGAAAACUCUCGAGACCAACUGCUCACAGGAUGCUCAUGUUAAGAAACAUGGUGUCUUCGCUCAUUGAACACGAGCAAAUCCAGACGACCUUUCCAAAGGCAAAGGAGGCGGCUAGGUUGGCGGAAAAGCUCAUUACGCUGGGCAAGAAGGGAAAAGAUAGCAAUCGUUCAUCCGCACAAAGCUUCUUAGCGUCGACAAGACUACUUCCCAAGGUGUUCGGCGAUCUGGCUGAGCGGUACAAGGACCGGCCUGGAGGGUAUACUCGCAUUUACAAAUAUGGGCGCCGACCUGGUGACAAUGCGCCUAAAGCAAUUCUCGAGCUUGUUGACGGGCCGCGAGAUACCAAAUUUGAGAUGACGGCCCGCAAAGUCGGAUGGGAGGUCAUGGGUUGGAAAGAGAAAGGGGAGCAUACGGACCUUUAUAACGGCGUUGAGAAUGGCGUUGAAAGCAUUGAAGUGAUGGGCGGUAACGCCAGCUUUCUGAGAAAGGGGACCAGAGAAGACGUCGCCAAAGUGUUGCAGUAUCGCAACGAAGCCGAACGUGCCGAGUUUGGAACCAAGGCAGCAGCAUACCUGAAUACAUUAUUGGUCGAAAAGGACGCGCGCAACAAGACUAGGAAAGAAUUCGUUAAGAAGCUCUCGGAUGACGUCGAGAAGAAGAAGAUUGAUUUUGCCGUUCAAGUCCAAGAAGCUCGACUUUGGCGUCGUGUCUGGCACCGAGCUCCUGGGCAAGUGAUGCCAUCGUCCACACUGGGCAGCUUGCAGCUAGCCAAGAAGGCAAUGGCAAAGAAGCGACCAUGGCAACUGGAAAAAUCGCCAGCCGGCUACAGCCCCUUGGAGAUUUCCGCCAGCAAGCGGUUCUUGCCUCGAAAGACGAUCCGGGUAAAGACGGUCGAGGUCAUUGUCGACAAAGAUGGCGAGAGAAAGAGCACGUCAAAGAUUGAAGAGGGUCGAUCAAUCAAAGAGAUGCCAUUCCGGAAGAAGGCGCUGCCGCCAAAAGUGCAAUCUGCACUCAAGAUAUGA